UCUUGAAUUACAGAUUUCUUUUGUAGUAUAACGAUCCAAUCUCAAGUGAUUUCAUAUCUUCAAGGAUGCGUCGAGUUCUGCUAUCCAGCUUUCUCGGAUCCGCGCGUCAUCGUCCCCGCGUAUCAGCAACACGAUGCUUCUCGGUUUCUCUUCCACGUCGAACAAAUAACUUGAUGGAAACGAGUGGCUUUUCAGAUACUCAAUUACAAGUCAGAGAAGCAAUAUCAAAAAUAUGUUCAAAUUACCCAGACUACUUUUACCGAGGCAAUGUUUUGAUUUCGCAUGUUUACAUUCUAUUGUCGUCAACCCUGCAUUGAACAUCCCAACUCAAAGAUAGUAAAAAUCUGUAGGCUGAUAUCGCUUUAUCCCUGACACAACUUCUCAUGCCAGAUUUAUCAGCUUCAAUACUGAUCAUUAUUCAUAGGAUUACUGGGCAGCUCAUGAUGAAUCUGGAGAGUAUCCACAUGAGUUACACAAAGACCUCUCAAAAGAUGGCUGGAUAGGAAUUGCCUUGCCAGAAGAUCUAGGAGGCGCUGGACUUGGCAUAUCGGAAGCAACAAUGAUGCUUCAUACCAUUUCGGAGUCCGUACCUCCAGUCCCUAAUCUCACCAGUUACUCAUACAACCUAGGAGCGGAGCAGGUAUGGCAGGUGCUCAGUCGAUCCACGCCAAUGUCUAUGCCACCCAACCAGUCGCCAAAUUCGCCACCGCAGAACAGCGCCAACGCAUGCUCCCCAACCUCAUAAAUGGCACCUGGCGCGCCUGUUUCGGUGUCACAGAGCCUAACACCGGCCUCGAAACACUCAAACUAAAAACGCAAGCCAUACGCUCUGGCGACACCUACAAGAUAUCUGGCCAAAAGAUAUGGAUCUCGUCCGCGCAAGUAGCCUCCAAGAUGAUCCUACUCGCUCGCACGACGCCCCUCGAAGAAGUCAAGAAACCAUCAGAGGGACUUUCUUUGUUCUUCAUUGGUUUCGAUCGUGAGCAACCUGGCCUGGAACUCAAGCGGAUUAGAAAAAUGGGAGGUCGGGCAGUCGAUGCGAAUGAAGUCUUCUUUGACAACUACACUAUCCCGGCUAAUUCUCUUAUUGGAAAGGAAGGGCAAGGCUUUAAGAUCGUUCUUCAUGGUAUGAAUGCCGAGCGUUGCCUUCUGGCUGGCGAAGCCCUCGGUCUCGGAUAUGCUGCGCUGUACCGUGCUUCGAACUAUGCUAAAGAGCGAGUUGUAUUCGGAAGACCUAUUGGGAUGAACCAGGGUAUCCAGCAUCCACUUGCCGAUGCAUAUAUGCACCUCGAGGCUGCUAAACUGGCGACAUACCACGCAGCAAGACUGUAUGAUCAAUCAACUACAGAUGAAACUGUGACCCAGGCAGCAGUGGGCGUAGCUUGCAAUAGUGCUAAGUAUCUUGCUGCUGAAGCGGCUUUCACUGCUUGUGAGAGAAGUGUAUUGAGUUUGGGAGGCAUGGGGUAUGCUCAGGAGUAUCAUGUUGAGAGAUAUUUGAGAGAGUGUUUUGUGCCGAGGAUAGCUCCUGUGUCAAGGGAGAUGAUCAUGAACUAUGUAGGCGAAAAGGUUUUGGGUUUGCCUAGAAGCUAUUAACUCCUGUACAUAGCGAUGGCGAUCAUAAAUGUCUUCGAAACUCGUGCUGAAAAGUCUU